AAUCACUUUCAGCCAAUACAAGCAGUCGUUGUCCGACAUCAAACACAUCCCAUGCAGUGAUUAUCACCUAAACUAUGGAUACAUUUACCACCAAAUCAUGGCAAACAGCGCCGAGACAGUGAUGCUCUCAAACAGUGGUAAAUCUGUGGACAAUUACUCGUCAUUUGAUAGCUUAAGACACAAGCAGUCAUCCGAUGAGGAUAUGAUCGACAUUAAGAGCGCUUCCAGUGUUUCCGUAAACAAUACUCUCGAUACGAAAGGCUAUAGUCCCGCAUGUCUUACUCGUAAUGCAAGUAAUGCCACAAACCUUUUGAUACAAUUAGACACUAUUGAGAGUAACACCGAUUGCGAGAGUAGUGACAAUCUAGUGGUCAGUACGCAGACAAUGCACUCCCAAUCGGUGUCCACCACUCCAUCGACCACUUCGUCCGCCAAUGAGUUCACAGAAUUCGAUACAUUCCUUAAGUACUCCUCCAAUGAUAGCAAUUGGAGUCCCACUCGAGAACUGGACGGCGAACUGCCCCCCAAUCAGAGUCAUUAUGAGGACUUCCAUACCAUCGACUGGCAGCGGGAUAUCGCGAGGGAUCGCAUGAGACACCGGUUUAUAGUGAAACGAAAACACAACUCCAUUAUCGAGUUGAUUAAGUCGACGCACGACGCCUGGAGCGGUUGGCUAUGCGUACUGUUGGUGGGCAUAGCUGCCGGUGCUGUGGCCGGUGUCAUAGACAUAGGCGCCGGUUGGAUGAAGGACUUGAAGGACGGCUUAUGUCCCGCGGCUUUCUAUCUCAAUAGAGAGCAGUGUUGUUGGUCUUCGAACGAUACAGAACUCGAAGGCACUCUGUGGACAGACAGUUGCGAUCAGUGGAAGACGUGGCCCCAACUCAUAGGCAUCGGUAAGACAGCGCUGGUCGGCUCCUACAUCGUGUCCUACUUUUUCUACAUCAUGUGGUCAUUCAUAUUCGCACUGUUGGCCGCCUCGUUCGUGCGUACGUUCGCGCCGUACGCGUGCGGCUCCGGUAUCCCCGAGAUUAAGACAAUACUCUCCGGUUUCAUCAUCAGAGGCUAUUUAGGCAAAUGGACGCUCACUAUCAAGUCGUUGGGAAUGAUGUUAACAGUGGCGGCCGGCCUAUCGCUGGGAAAGGAGGGCCCACUCGUGCACUGCGCCUGUUGUAUAGGAAAUAUAUUCAGUUACCUGUUCCCCAAAUACGGCAAAAAUGAGGCCAAAAAGCGAGAGAUAUUGUCGGCCGCAUCGGCGGCGGGCGUUUCAGUGGCUUUCGGAGCCCCGAUAGGAGGCGUACUCUUCUCCCUCGAAGAGGUGUCCUAUUAUUUUCCGCUCAAAACCCUGUGGCGGAGCUUCUUCUGCGCACUGGUAGCCGCUUUCGUGCUCCGGUCCAUCAAUCCAUUCGGUACUGAGCAUCUGGUGAUGUUUUACAUCGACUACACCCGGCCGUGGAUUCUCUUCGAGUUGGUUCCCUUCAUAAUGUUGGGUGUCUUCGGGGGUCUAAUCGGCAAUAUAUUCAUCAAAGCGAACCUCCGUUGGUGUCAACACAGGAAAUACUCAAAUCUGGGCCAAUACCCCAUAUGGGAGGUGCUGGCGGUGACCCUGAUAACGGCGGUCAUAGCCUUCCCGAACCCCUACACUCGCAUGAAUUCGUCGGAUUUGAUCAAAAUGUUGUUCAGUCCGUGCGGUAUAGCCGAUGAGACCCCUCUGUGUAACUAUAACCGCAACUUCACGAACGUGAACGAACACGUCCAGAUCGCACAGGCGGGUCCCGGUGUCUACCAGUCCCUCGGUUUGUUGAUACUGGCGCUGGUGUUCAAACUGGUGAUCACCAUAUUCACGUUCGGCAUCAAAGUGCCGGCCGGUCUCUUCAUACCGUCGCUGGCUAUGGGCGCUAUCAUCGGUCGGAUUGUAGGCAUAACUAUGGAACAGAUCGCCUAUAACUACCCGAAGUGGUGGGUGUUUCAGGACGCGUGCUCUAACUCUGGCGAGAGCUGUAUGAGCCCCGGAUUGUAUGCAGUGGUGGGGGCGGCGGCGUGUCUGGGAGGUGUGACCCGAAUGACAGUGUCGUUAGUGGUGAUAAUGUUUGAACUGACGGGUAAUGUGAACUUCAUUGUGCCGCUCAUGACUGCCAUAAUGGCGGCCAAAUGGGUGGGCGACGCGCUCGGCAAGAAGGGUGUCUACGACGCCCACAUUGAGCUCAACGGCUACCCCUUUCUCGACAAUAAGGAGGAGUUCCCGCACACGACGAUAGCUGCGGACGCUAUGAGGCCUAAGAGGAAUGAGCCGCCGCUGGCUGUGCUGACCCAGGACUCGAUGACUGUGGACGACAUCGACAACCUCUUGAAGAGCACAAACCAUAACGGCUUUCCAGUGGUGGUGUCCCUGGAAUCGCAAUAUUUGGUUGGAUUUGUGUCGCGAAAGGACUUGAGUCUAGCCUUAAGUAACGCCAAACGCACGUCAGAAGUGUUUGAGAACUCCAUAGUGUUGUUCAGCACCGGGUCGGUGCCCACGGAUCCCGUUCCCCAACCCAUUAAACUCAGGCGUGUCGUCGAUUUGGCGCCCAUUACUAUCACAGAUCAGACGCCGAUGGAGACAGUGAUCGAUAUGUUCCGGAAGUUAGGUCUGAGACAAGUGCUGGUCACUCAUAAUGGGCGUUUAUUAGGGAUUAUCACCAAAAAAGACAUUUUAUUACAUCUGAAGGAAUUCGAAGACUUAGACCCGGAAUCGUGGCGUAAAGUUGUGGGCAGUAGUGGUCCGGCGCCGCGGCCACGACACGGGCACCGGGCGGUCGCCAUCAAGGACUUGAUGAUAGUGUUUGGCGGCGGCAACGAAGGCAUCGUCGAUGAGCUGCACGUCUUCAACACGAUGUUUGGCGGCGGCAACGAAGGCAUCGUCGAUGAGCUGCACGUCUUCAACACGACAACCAAUCAAUGGUUUGUACCGCAAGUGAAGGGAGAUAUCCCUCCGGGAUGUGCUGCAUAUGGCUUCGUAUGCGACGGCACGCGACUCCUGGUCUUUGGAGGAAUGGUAGAGUACGGGAAGUACUCCAACGAGUUGUACGAACUGCAGGCGAGUCGAUGGGAGUGGAAGCGCCUGAAGCCCAGACCACCCAAGACGGGCGCCAACUACCCGUGCCCUCGGUUGGGCCACUCGUUCACACUGAUUGGCAAUCGGGUGUUCCUGUUCGGAGGGCUGGCCAACGAUUCCGAUGAUCCCAAGAAUAAUAUUCCGAGGUAUCUGAACGAUCUGUUUGUGCUGGAGAUGAGGCCCUACUCGAACGUCAUGCAGUGGGAGUUACCGCAAAUCCACGGCACGCCUCCCCCGCCCCGUGAAUCUCAUAUCAUUCAAGCGAUUAGUAUUGAAAGCGUAUGUCAUAUACAGUGGUGUCAAGCGAUUGACACAAUCUUAUCGGACACUGAUAUCAUGUGUUAA